CUCUACUCUUGCCUGAUGCGUCUAAAACAAAAAGGGGGAACUGUAGAGAGCUGCAGAAUGCUAUGCCUUAAAGAUGGAGCUGGUUUCCGCCUUCCACCUUCAUGAUGGUUAAAGAUGCUGCUUGGUGGCUGCCAGAGAGACUGGUGUAACAAGUGGAUUACUUCAAGGAACAAGAUCAUUCUCCAAGUGACAAUAUUGCUGAUCCUGCUGCAGCUUAUUUAUCCAGUAAAGGCUAAAUUACACUUUUAGGCCUUAGUACCCAAUCCCCCUCUUGUUCUCCCUGUACAUGCUAGCACACCUUUGUUUAGCUGGUCUGGUACUAUUCAUCUUUGUCAUUGCCAGAUGUGUCCACUUAGCUCAACAGCGCCAAGCUAAAUUUAAUGCCAUUAAAACAGCAGCAUGCUGUGACUCCCUCACCCCAGGUAGGGGCUUGGCUUGCCCAGCUCAAAUGUCAGCUUUAAUAUCUCCUUUUCUGUGUGAUGGGUCGGUUAGUCAAUGACGGGUUCUGGGUGAUUGGAUAUUUAUCAACCGAAGACACGGAAAUCUCCCUAUAAGCGGGAUUCUCCCAUGAUGGGUAAGAUAUUUAUCGGGAAUCACCCCCACCUAAGACAGGCACGGUCCCUUUGUUUUAAUCCGAAAGGGAGGAAUUGUGGCAGCCUUUUUGGAGUUAAUGGCAAAUUUGGAGUUAAUGGCAUCUGAGCAGUGGAAUUCGGCCUCUUGGCUUUGGCUAUUUUCCAAAAUCCAGUUUCUCAUAAACUGACCUUGGUGGCCUUACAUCGGACUGCUCUGAUCCUGAGAAACUCUGUGCAAUCAUAGUAACCAGACAGCGGGCUCUGUGUAACCUUGAGUGAGCUCUCCUAUGUUGUGACCAAGAAAAGCUCCUACGUGAGAAACUGCUUGUACUUUUUUGCCUACUUAAGUGUUAACCUGACGUCCAUUAAAUUGACACCUGGAUCAGCAUGUAGACUUGGUGUCCUUCUCUGUGUCGCCCUGUCUCUCUCUCUCUCUCUCCCAGCCCUCUCUCAGGUGGUAUUCAUGUGUCACUGCUGGUCGGUAACAGCUAGCGAAAGAGUAUGGCCCUGUGUUCACCGUGUACCUGGGCAUGAAGCCCACUGUGGUGCUGUAUGGAUACGAAGCACUGAAGGAAGCUCUGAUUGACCGUGGAGAUGAGUUUUCUGGCAAAAUGCAAUCAUCAUUACUCAGUAAAGACAGUCAAGAGUUAGGAAUCAUUUUCAGCAAUGGAGAAACAUGGAAGCAAACACGGCGUUUCUCCCUCAUGGUCUUAAGGUCUAUGGGAAUGGGAAAGAAGUCUAUUGAACAUCGAAUUCAGGAGGAAGCACUUUGUCUGGUGGAAGAAUUGAGAAAAACCAAUGAGUCUCCCUGUGACCCUAACUUUCUGUUAGCCUGUGUUCCCUGCAAUGUGAUCUCUGCUGUCAUUUUCCAGCAUCGCUUUGACUACAAUGAUGAUACAUUCCUAGGCUUCGUGAAGAAUUUUCAAAGAAUUAUUGAAAUUUUAACAUCUCCUUGGGUCCAGCUGUGCAGUGCCUACCCUGUUUUAUGCCAUCUCCCAGGAAGCCAUAAUGAAUACUUUAAGAUUCUGACUGAAAUUAAAGCGUUCAUAUUGAAGGAAAUAAAAAUGCAUCAAGAAUCUCUGAACCUCAGUAGCCCUCAGGACUUUAUUGACCAUUUCCUGAUUAAAAUGGAAAAGGAAAAACACAAUAGGAAGUCUGAAUUUACCAUGGACAACCUGAUCGUCACCGUUUCUGAUCUGUUUCAUGCGGGAACAGAGACCACGAGCUCCACAAUGAAAUAUGGCCUUUUCCUUUUACUGAAGCACCCAGAGGUCACAGCUAAAAUUCAGGAAGAAAUUGCACGUGUGAUUGGCAGCCACCGGAGCCCCUGCAUGCAGGACAGGAACCAAAUGCCCUACACAGAUGCUGUGUUGCAUGAGAUCCAGAGAUACAUUGAUCUUAUUCCUAUUCCUUUGCCUCGUAAAACAACACAGGAUGUGGAGUUUAGAGGAUACCACAUUCCCAAGGACACAAGUGUAAUGAUAUGUCUGACUUCUGUUCUGAAUGAUGACAAAGAGUUUCCCAAUCCAGAAAAGUUUGACCCUGGCCACUUUCUGGAUGAGAGAGGCAAUUUCAAGAAGAGUGACUACUUUAUGGCUUUCUCAGCAGGAAGAAGAGCUUGUAUCGGAGAAGGUCUGGCCCGCAUGGAGAUGUUUUUAAUCCUGACCAACAUCUUGCAGCAUUUUACUUUAAAACCUCUGGUCAAUCCAGAGGACAUUGACACCACCCCAGUUCAAACUGGUCUCCUGUCUCUGCCUCCAUCCUAUGAGCUCUCUUUCAUUCCAGUCUGAAGCUGGGCAGUCUUUCACCUGGAUGCCUGAGUCCCUGUUUCCACUUGGGAGCAAACAGGACUUUCCUGUCCUAUGCACCUGCAUCCUGCAGUCCUUCUUAAUGGCAAGCAUGCUACCUCUGAACUGUCCUAAAUUUUUCUCAGUUUUUUUUAUGAAUCAGUUCCUAUUUUCACAUAUGAAAAAAAAUCUCACUAUUUUAGCAUUAAAUUUUUGCUGUGUGCAUAAGCCAAUGAAAAA